CGGUGAUUCCUUCUGAUAAGGGGCCUCUACAGAAAGGCCCCAGCACAAGAAUGGACCUGCUAUGUAGCAAGUUAUUGAAACUUGGUAUUCUGCAAACAUUACUCAGCCUCAGUUGUACUGUUAUGGCCAGUGUUUGUCUAGACUACCUAAAAAACCAACAUGUGCUUGCUGCACUUGCUGGAGGCGCCCUCUUUUGCUCUUUUUGUCUGACAGUUUGUGGAAUUAUUGAAACAAUAGGAGGAACACAUUGGUUUUUCCGACACAUCAACACAAAGCCAGUUUUAUUCCUUGUAUGUGUAGUAGAAUCAGUCAUCUUUGUACCAGGUGCCAUUGGGUUUUUUGGUCGAUUGUGUUACUUGAUAAAUGUAAUUCGAAGAUACAGUCCUGAAGCAUCACUAAAUAUUGAUUUUCCAGUUCUACCUCUUGCAGUCAUCAGUCCUGUUGCAGGAUUAUUAGCUUUUAUGGUUUUCGGCAUUACAAUGUGUACUGCAGCUAUACUUCACUACCAUGAAUCACCAGCCUGUUUACAAGUGCAUACUAUAUCUUACAACCCAGAAGCAUGUGACCAGCCAUUGAUCGUCUGUACAUCAGAUAUUGAAGAUUCACAAGAUUUUUUGCCAUCUGACAUUGCUUUUGAUCAAUCAUUUGCAAGAAGACCCACAGAUUUUGAUGUUCCUUUACGAAGGUAUCAAAAGAUAAGAUAGUUUUGUACUUAAAAUGUAAAGAACAAUUAUGGAAGUGAACUGCUUUUGUUCAGUGGCGCAAUGAUGAAUUCAACAAAAUCUACACAGCUGUCAAUGUUGAUAGGUUAUCAACUCAACAACAAACAAACAUUGACUGUGGUUUUUAUUCUUAGACAUCUGAGUCAUUUAUGCUGUUUAAGGGGAAAAGCCAUGUAUUUGUGUGACUGUUUGGUAUACACAGAUUUAUCACAUACACUGCUAAUGUCCUUGGGAAAGGCAUUAACAUCACAGAUAUCCACAUCACACUUUCCCUGAAAUUUAAGGUCUUUGUGCUGAGUGAAAAAAGGUAUGUAAAUUUGUUUGUCACCAACAAACAAAACAAAUACCUUGAUUUUUCUUAAUGAAGGUUUUCAUAACUAUGCAUUUUGCAAUUCUAUUUGCCACUAAAGUUUCGAAUUUUAAAAAAGAAGUAUUUUGGUUAAAACUGGUGGCAAAGAAAUGGAAAGAAGAAAUGAAUAUAGUCUUUAUUGUAAAAUGAAGAAUUGUUAAAAUUCAUACAUUCUUCACGGAAUAUUUAUUUCAUUAGUAUCACAAGAGAUCACCUUAUUUUAAUUUCUACUGAAUUGAAAUGCCAAGAGACAAAAUGAUUCCAUAAAGUAAAAAAUAAUUAGAGAAAUAUGAACUCUCAGGUGUUUUGUGCUUAAAAGUGAACUAUUUCUAGUGACUGAGUAAGGGCAGGGUUUAUGCUUAUAUUUUCUAAAAUAAUUUUCAACUUUUUGUUAAAUCUUUUGUUUUCCUUUCUCUUUAGUAACUGGCUGUCAUUUUGUACAGUGACGAUGGUUGUGGUGUAGAACAUUAUAGUAGACACUUAAAGCUACCUCACUUGUUAGUCUUUCACCAUUUUCAGAUUGAUAAAAUAAGUAAUACAGUAAUAAUACCAGUAAUAUGCUAAGAAUUAUUUCAACUGACAAUUCAUUUUCCCUGUAAAGGACUGGCAUUAAGCACAAUCAAAAUAAAUUAUGUAAUCUUCAACCUUUAAUAAAACGUGCUGCAUCUUUUCUCUGUAUCUUCUGCAACUAGAGAUUCAGAUCUAUCAAAUGUACCAAACACACUCAAAUUAGAUGUUUUGCAAACCUUACACUUCUCUAUGCAAUACUAUGAGUUAAUAUGGCUAUGCAUUUUGGCACAGCUGUUUUAGCCCUGCUGAUUUGGCAUCACUGAUUCAAUGCUGCCUUAUUUGAUAUUAGACGCUUUGUCUUCAGGACCUUUCGGCACUGAGAAAAUUCUGUCUUUAUUUUAGUUCAUAGCAAACAUGUAAUCAUGACUACUAUUCUACUUUCUGCUUCACUUUAUGUAUGUGAUGGCUGACGAAAUAUUGACAAAGUGUGGAAAAGAAAAAAUUUCUCACAAAGGGUUUCCAUGCAUCUUUGACAAAGAAAAAAUGGCAAUGAAUUAAAAUUUUGGUGUUGUGAGCAGGAAAAUUGGGGAAAGAGAACCAUUAAGAUGUAUUAAAUGACUCCAGUUGGUUCAAACACAUCUAUCUCUCACUCAGUUUGAUUAUGUAUGUGUCUUUUCUUCAUGCCUAUUUGAAGUGGAGGACAUGUUUAUAGUAAUUGGGGAUCAUUUAAUAUAUUUUAAUGUUUCUCACAUUUUCUCUCUUUCUCACUCUGACUCUGUUUAUGUGUUUUUUCUUCUUCAUGCCUAUGUGAAAAGGGGGACAUACUUAUAGUAAUUGGAAGUCAGUCGAUACAUUUUAAUGUUUCUCUGUCUGUCUGUCUAUCUAUCUAUCUAUCUAUCUCUGAUUAUGUGUUUGCAUUAGCAUAUUUCUCUAUGUGUAUGAGGAGAGGGAAGUGUUUAUGUCAUCUCUCAUUCAUUCUAUCAGUAAUGUGUAUAUUUCUACAUGUGUGUGUGUAUGUGUGUGUGUGUGUGUGUGUGUGUGUGUGUGUUUCUAGUGCCAAAAAAACAAAAAAAAAGGCCAUUACCAACACAGUUCCUAUAUCCAGUCAGCCAUGCCAAAUUGUCAGCAUCCAAACAGCCAAGCCCAAUCAUCUCAUCCUGUAAUAUCAUUUGUGAGUCAAUAUGACAGUCUCCAUGUUGCUACUCAACUAGUUCUUUUUCAUAACAUUUAUAUUUUCAUUCAAUAACAGUCUUUGCAAAGGUUCCCUUAAGCAAUGGCAGAUUAGCUUUACUCAUUCAGUUAUAGGAAAUUCAGUAAAAGUAUUUGUUUAAAAUUUGUUGUAUCUUGGGAGGAUCGUAACAAACACAUGCACUGGUUCUAUUUCACUUCUUUAUUUUUUAUUAGUCAUUUGGUUAACCAAUUAACUAACCAGUUGUUUGAUUAAUCAUUUGGUCUGUCAGUCAAUCAGCUAGGUUUUCCAAAGUUCUUUUGUUAGACUUGGAGUAGAGCGAGCAUUGAUGAGAUUGCAAAUGGUGACAAAAGGUUUUUGAUAAACCUGGCUGGUUGAUUGACUGAAUGAAUGUUUAACCAAGCAAUCAGUUAAUUAAUUGGUUAAAUGGUUAACCAAUUGACCAAAUAAAAAUAAAAACAAAAGCAGAAUAGAACCAGUGCAUGUGUUUGUUAUUUACAUAAUGACUCUUCUGAGAUACAAAAAAUUCCAACAGGAGUCAACAUCAAGACUCUUGCAAACCAAAUACACAAACAAGGAUUCUUCAUAAUAACUACAAUGGAUGCUUCAAUAUUUGGUUACUGUUUGGAAUACAAUGCUUUACAAGAUGAACACUUAAAAAUAUACACAGCCUACACUGCAAACUUGGUGCUGCUUUUUUUUCUCAAAUAAAAUAAAUGUACAUUCAGUAAAUAAA